CGUGACUUUUCAAAUUGACAGACAUGGUUUAGCAUUAUUUGGUGUUUUCUCAACAAAUUGAAAAUGUUUUCGUAAUCAAAUCGUUCUACCGAUCCUCAUAACAAUGAUUUUUUUUUAGUGUUCAUUAUCUAGUAAAUUGAACUUAUCGCACAUUGGACCGAAUGGAUCCGCUGGAUGCAGGCGACGCAGGACCGAUCGUUGUGGCGAAGUUUUAGGGAGCAGUGGACGUCUGUGGACUGAAAGAUAGAUACGUAAAAAGGGAACGCAGGAGAAACUAUCGGGAGCGCGUAAUGUUGCUGCAAGUGCUGGUGACGUCACUGGUGGCGGCGGGCCUGGCCCCGUGCGUGGUGCAGAGCGCCUGCCGCACGCGCCCGCAGGCCCCGCCCUCCGCGGUGUGCAUGCACCGGCUGGACGCGUGCGCCCACAGGAAGUCUACUAAAUCAAUGAAGAAUAAUAAUUAAAUACACGACCUACAGACAUACCUACAUAACUACACUUGAAAAAUCUUAUCAGACGUACACGGAGGAAUCGAGGACGUGGAAAUUCGAUUGAAUAACCUACACUUCAUUAAAAAUAUUUACCAACAUGCCAUUGGAUUGGAAAUUAAACGACAAAAACGCCGCGCUAAAGAAAUUUUCAAUAUAAGCGUACUUAUAUUUAGAGAUUGAGUAAAGGAACCGAACUCGGCAAGUGCUCGACGUCUAGUUGGCGAUCGACCGUACGGCGCAGUACAGUCGUAGGGGCCGCGAUGCGUAUAUCACGCGGCGGCGUCAGGACGGGCCGUGAGUGCUCGUGCGGACGGUGCUGUGGGGGCCGCUGGUUGCUGUGCUGCUUCACUUGCCGCUGCUCGUGCCACGCGACAUGACGGGACCCGCCGCCGCCGCCGUGCUGCUGGCGCUGCUCGCCGCCGCGGGGCAGGCUACAACAGGAUGCAAGAAUUGUGUGAUAUUGGGUAAGGAAGAGAGGGCGAUGUUUCGUUCUCACUCCGACGCCUGCCUCGCGCAGUCGCGAGUGGAGCCGAGGCUGUUGGAGUCCAUGAUGAACGGCGAGCUGAUAGAUGACGCAGCGCUGAGGAAGCACGUGUACUGCGUCCUGCUCAGUUGUAAGAUGAUCGGGAAGGACGGGAAGCUGCUCAAAGCCGCGAUACUUGGGAAGCUGGCUGCCAGACCGGCCGGGCGUGACGUCACCAAGGUGCUGGAGGCGUGCGCCGAGCAGCCCGGCGCUAGUCCCGAGGACGUGGCCUGGAAUAUAUUCAGAUGCGGCUACAACAGGAAGGCGGUGCUGUUCGACUACAUGCCCGCCGGUGGCGCCUCUAGCGGCAACACGGAGAAUCAUCCCUAGUUACUUAGUUCCGAUACCUACGUACAGAUGUCGCUGUUCUAAAUAAAUUAUUAUUCCGGUUUAUGGUGUAUUAAAAUUACGGUAUACAUUAUUAACAGAGUCCAUGUAUUAUUUAUAAUUAAUAAAUAUUUUAUGUUA